GAGGACGGAGGAGUUUCGCUCCUCGCUGCUCUGGCUGGGGUUGGGAAAAGGCUGGGGUGGCUUACUCUGGACGCGAGGAACCCUGCCAUGGGGACGUAGGGAGCCGCGAAGCCAUGCGCGGGCCGGCGCUGCCCUGCAGCUCGCUAGGGAUGGUUAUCCUAACAUUUGUUUGCAUGUUGACAAAGGAAUCUGUAGAGAUUACUCCAGUGCCAUAUACACUGCAAGUCCAUCAGGUAGCUUUUGAUGGAAGAGACCCCUCUAAGCCCUUGAGGAGAGAAAAGAGGCAGGUGCAGUGUCAACUGGGGCAAUACCUACAUCCCAGAAAGACCCACUGCUGCAUGAGGUGCCAUGCAGGGACCUACAAGGAAAAAGACUGUGAUGGGCCUGACCUGGCUCCUGUCUGUCCUCCCUGCCCUAAUGGCACGUUCACAGCUGUUGAUAACACCAUGUCUAAAUGCUUCCCGUGUACACACUGCCGGGCAGAAUUACAGCAGAUAGUAGAGAGCCCCUGCACCCCAAAGCAAGAUACUGUAUGUGGCUGUCGGAAGAACCAAUAUCAAAUUGGCUCAUUUGAUCUCUUCCAGUGUAGGAACUGCAGCUCAUGUGUCAAUGGAAUUAUUGCCAGCUGUUCAAAAGACAGAGACACAAUUUGCAGGUGUAAGCCUGGAUUCUUCCUGACACUUAGUAAUGUUUGCAAGCCUUGCAACAGCUGCAUUGAAGAAGAAUGCUUGCAGUGUCAUAGCCCAGUGACUACCCUGCCAGCUUCAUCUGGACUGAGUGGGAACCUUAUCCUUGGCACCAUUGUUGCAAUAUUUGGAGUGAUCUUUGUCCUCUACAUUGUAAUCAAAGUAGUGAAGCUGGUGCAGCAAAAUGGGGUAGUGUUAUCUUUCUACUCCUGUGUGUCCUUGCCACAGACAACCAAGGAGCCGGUAUCUGAGGUCGAAGUGAAAAGAAAAGAAAUUUCCAUCCUCCUCCCUGAGUCCCAGAAGGAAACAGAAUUCCUAGUGAAUGCAGCUCCACCAACUGCACCUCUGCCGCAAAGUUCACAUGAGCUACCAGACUGUGUCAGCCCUGCCAGGAAGACACAGCUUCCAGACAACCCUCCCAUUCUCUACACCGUGGUGGAUCACGUACCGCUCUCUCGGUGGAAGGAGUUUGUGAGGCGUCUGGGCCUGAGCGACUACGAUCUGGAGCGAAUUGAGGCGGAGCACCGGCACUUACGUGACGCCCAGUACGAAAUGCUUAGACUGUGGCAGCUGCGGAUGGGCCACGCUGCCACUGUGGAGCACAUCAGCUGUGUGCUCAACCAGAUGGAGCUGAGUGGCUGCAGCGAAGCUAUUCAAGAGGCUUUGCUAACCCAGAACUCUCCUCAGCCUUGUGGCCUCCACAGCCAUCUUUAAUCUAGUCUGCUUUAGUUGCUCUCAGUAGGACUCUUAAGAGAGGAUCCAUAACUCCCUUUUCUGUCUUCCUUUUCCCAUAUCUUUCUAACACUUCUCAGCUGGGUUUAUUUGAGACGGCAGCAGGUGAUGCUGGAGUGAAGUUCAGGAUUGCUUCACAAUCACCACAUAGCUGAGGGACAUCUACAGCAACGAGAGCCAAGAGAAACAUCUACAACAACUCCUUUCCCAAGGAGGGAAAGCACCUCAUAAAAGAAGUGGUUUGUGCACUCCGUCCACAAUAAGUGACCCGGUAUCAUCAGCUACUUUAAGGACAAACCUGCUGAAACAGGUGCUCCACCCACCACGUGGUGGGUAAUCUUGUAGGGUGACUUUGUUAAGGUGGCUGUUCAGAUGG